AUGCCUCCAAACACUCCCGGUGACGACUCACAUCAGAAGCUUCUCGACCAGCUCGACAUCACCCGCAGUCCGCGGCCAUUCCGCAAUCCACAUUGGAAACCCUCCGCCCGCCGCAACAAGAACGUUAAGCAGAUCCUCUCAGAAUCAUCGCGGAAGGAAGCCUCAGCCGUUGGAACUCAGGACAACAGUGGGACCUCGACGCCAAAAGGAGCUGGAGCAGCCGCUGACCGGACAGACACUUCCACUCCCGCCACCACUGGUCCUAAUGCCACCAUAGGUACACCGUCUGGGCCAAUCCCCCGUCCGACAAACAUCGCACAGGCUGCGCAAAGCUUAUCUACCCUUGUCCUUGAGAAGAAUUUCAGCCGCUCGAUGUACGCCAUGGGUCCUGCUGUGACGUAUACGAAUAUCGAAUCGGCGCCAUCGCUACAUGCCGCGCAGCAGAAGCAUUACUGUGAUAUCACCGGCCUUCCAGCGCCGUACAAGGAUCCUAAGACGAGACUACGAUAUCAUGAUAAGGAGGUGUUUGGAGUGGUCCGAUCGUUAGGACAGGGUGUGGCGGAGAGCUACCUUGAGACAAGGGGGGCGCAUGUUGUGUUGAAGUAA